AUGGCGAGCAACGCCAAGUCGAGGUGGGCAGACAGCGAAGAGGACGCAGCCUACGAAGCUAAAUUGAAGCGAGAAAAGGAGGAGAAGAAGCGUUCAAAGGCCGAAAAGGCGCGCAAGGCCGAGGCGGAACGCUUGACGCAGCAGGCGAGGGCGAAGAGCAACAAUGGCACCGACAACGACGUCGAUGACGACGACAACAGCACACGACCAGCGAAACGGCGCAAGUUUACGCCCGAGACGGAAGACAGGACAGCCAGCAACGAUAGUGCAUCCGAUGCUGCCAAAGAUGGCACGGCGAAGCUCAUGCGCUUCCCUUUCGGCCACUGGGGGAAGUGUCGGAGCGUGGAGAAUUAUGACAAGCUCAACGAUAUCGAGGAAGGUACAUACGGCUGGGUGUCGCGGGCAAGGGAAAACUCUAGUGGCAAGGUCGUUGCGCUGAAGAGGUUGAAGAUUGAACCUAGUGAUCGCAACGGGCUACCGGUGACGGGUUUGCGAGAGAUCCAGAUCCUGCGAGACUGCAGCCAUCGCAACAUUGUCAAUCUCGAGGAGGUUGUGGUGGGAGACGACACUUCAAAAAUUGAAAACAUCUUUCUAGUACUAGAGUUUGUCGAACACGAUCUCAAGACCAUCUUGGAAGACAUGCCCGAACCUUUCCUCCUAUCCGAAGUCAAAACCCUCCUCCGCCAACUGACAGCCGGCAUCGCGUACCUCCACGACAACUGGAUCCUCCACCGCGACCUCAAGACCUCGAACCUCCUCCUCAACAACCGCGGCCUGCUCAAGAUAGCAGACUUUGGCAUGGCGCGGUACGUCGGCGACCCUCCCCCAAAGCUGACGCAGCUCGUGGUAACGCUGUGGUACCGUUCGCCCGAGCUGCUCCUCGGUGCUAGGGCCUACGGCAAGGCCGUCGACAUGUGGAGCGUAGGCUGCAUCUUUGGCGAGCUCCUGACGCGGGAGCCGCUGCUGCAGGGCACCAACGAGGUCGACCAGGUGACCAAGAUAUUUGAGCUCUGCGGCGUGCCGACGCAGGAGACGUGGCCCUCGUUCAGGAGCUUGCCGAACGCGCGUUCCUUGCGUUUCCCAAAGACACCGAACGCGACGGCGUCCAUGAUACGGACCAAGUUUACGACGCUGACGAAUGCCGGGUGUAAGCUACUCAACGAUCUACUCUCGUUGAACCCGGAUUCGCGGCCGUCGGCGAAGGAGAUGCUGGAGCACAAGUAUUUCAGGGAGGAUCCGAAGCCCAAGAAGGAGGGCAUGUUCCCAACGUUCCCCAGCAAAGCCGGCCAGGAGAAGAGGCGAAGACACGAACCGAAUGCCCCCGUGCGCGGGCAGAGUGCAGCAGAUUUGGGUGAUGUCGACUUCAGCGGUAUCUUCCAGGGCAGAGACAAGGAGGAAAAGGGCGGUGGGUUCUCCCUCAGGAUGGUGUAG